CAAAAAUAAGAAAUAAAAAGAGACCAACGUAAACCUUUUUAUUCACUGUUCUCCCUCAGGCUUUUCCAUUUCAGUUUCUCCUUUGGUUCUCCCUUUUGGCUUUUGCCAGAAAAUGGGUCGUGCAAGAGUAACCUUAAAACAGAUCUCGAGUGAAAGAUGUCGCAAGACAACUUUGGCGCGAAGAAAGAGAGGACUGAUGAAGAAAAUGUGGGAAUUUUCGAAGAGGUGCGGUGGUGAGCAGUGUUUGAUUGUGUAUGAUGAUGAUGGUGAUGUUGAAGCAGUGACUUCGCCCCAAAACCCUAUAGAAAUACAUUCGAUGAUUCAAAAGUACUAUGAAACUCAAUUAAAGAAUGGGAGACCUCACAAGACUUACGGUAUUCAAGAGUUUUUUGAGAACAGAAAGAACAUGAUUGAAGCUGAGAUUUCCAAAGUUCAUAAAGAAAUCAGCAGCAUCAAGUACCCAACUUGGGAUCCAAGUUUCGUGAACAUGGAAGAGGAUGAAUUGAGGGCCUUCUGUGCUCAUGUGGAUGCCAAAAUUCAAGCCUGUGAUGAGGGAAUUAAAUUGUUGAAGAACAAGAAUGUACCCAAUCUGAUGCAGAAUUUCGAUGAAAAUAGUUAUUUGUUGAGAAACAUGGAAGAGGGUGGGUUUAGUUUUGUGCCAAACAUGCCUCAGGAAAACAUCUCUCAAAGCCAACCACUGCUUCAAGAUUUUAUGGAACUUUAUGAUAAGAAUUAUGAAGCAGUAGAUGUGCCACUGAAUUCAACCAAUCAACUCAGUGAGUUGGAGUUUGAGGAAUUGAUUUGGGAACUUUCUAAUUGUGAUUCGUCUUAUCAACCAUGUGAUCAUCAUGUGGGUUGUAGUAUUCAACCUCAUCAAUCUGUCUUGCCAACCAUUUCUGCUGAACAUCAAAAUCAGCACCAAGAAGGAGCAUCUUUCCACGUCUUGCCUCAAACUAAUUACUAUAACAUGCUCUUCUGAAAAUGCUUACUUUUUACGAACUUGGUUUUGUGUUAUUGUUAUACCAUAUGUCGUCUUUCUAUGACACUAAAUUAGUUUUUGGCAUCUUCUUAGUUCAUGUGCUUUGUUUAGGUAACGUACGUUUCAUCUUAAUUGCAGUAAAAAGUGCAGAAUUUUACUUUCA